AUGUGCAGCAGUGGGCGAAAUCAGGCUGAUAAGGAUGUCGAAUUUUGCGUAGGAAAGCAUGCUUCGGGAGGAAGUAAAACAACGGUCUUUUUCUUACAGAGGCGACGUGGCCGCGGCGGCAGACGGCGUGGUCGUCAGCGAGUCACCACCAACCCACCAGAUGAUGAUUCCAAGAAUGGCUCCAGUACAGAAGUACCGAUUGCUCGCGCCGCUGAUAUAGACAGAAAAGGUCCAGUGAACCGGUCCCCUCACUUUGACAUGUACGAACCACCUGGCAAGGAAUGGGAAUCAGGCUACGUGGAGAUGCCAAAGGAUUUAUACCAAGCCCAUUUAAGACCAGGAGUCAUUUUUAGGAUUCAUAUGUCUGAAGCCAUACUCAAAAUGCAGUAUAGAAAUUACGGGGAAGACAAAGACGAAUCUGUGAUCGAAGCUGAUGUAGAAUACCUUCGGUUGACGAGGAAGGUCAUCAACGAUGAGAUCACCAAGUUCGAAGACCUGCAAUGGCUGAUCGGGUGGUUCCACAACAGAUCCGAGUUAAUAAAGGAACAUUUGUGCAAUACUAGAUAUUAUACUGUUGGAACUCCACCAACGAUGUUCACCCACUCAGAAGAGUAUAUGAAACGACUAUGUCUAUUUGAUAGUGUUUACAUUGAUCACAUACCCUAUGUUAUUGGCGAGGAUAGCUCAAUAAUGGCAGCAGUGGCGCCCCCUGUGUUACACUGUGAUGCUGCUUCUUGUACUUCUGUGCCGUUUAUUGACAGGGUCGGGCGAGAGGGAGUGUCAGACAGACUCCUACUGGCUAAAAACCCCCCGUUCUUCUAUUGCUCUGGGUCGAGGUCGUGGUGCCUCAUUGCGCUUACCCCGCAACCACGACUGAACAUCAGCCCUAAUAGGGCCCCGUCUAUAGUGGUCUAA